AGGGGGGAUGCCGGGCUGCCGCAUCAGCGCCUGCGGCCCAGGGGCCCAGGAAGGGACGGCAGAACCGGGGUCGCCCCCGCCGCCACCCCGGGAGCCCCUGCCGUCCCUCCAACCCCCGCCCCCAUCACCAACCUCCACUCCGACCCCCACUCAGUCACCGCCGUUGCCGGAGGCGGCCGAGACACCGGCCGAAGGGCAGGAGCUGCAGCGCUGGCGCCAGGGUGCUAGUGGGGGGUCGGGGGGCGCUGGCCCGGCGGGGGUCGGGGGCGCGGGCGCGGCGGCAGGGGCAGGGGGCCGCGCGCUGGAGCUGGCUGAAGCGCGGCGGCGACUGCUGGAAGUGGAGGGCCGCCGGCGCCUGGUGUCGGAGCUGGAGAGCCGGGUGCUACAGCUGCACCGAGUCUUUUUGGCUGCCGAGCUGCGCCUGGCGCACCGCGCCGAGAGCCUGAGCCGCCUGAGCGGCGGCGUGGCCCAGGCCGAGCUUUACCUGGCGGCGCACGGGUCGCGUCUCAAGAAGGGUGCGCGCCGCGGCCGCCGGGGUCGUCCCCCCGCGCUUUUGGCCUCCGCGCUCGGCCUGGGGAGCUGCGUGCCCUGGGGCGCCGGGCGGCUGCGGCGCGGCCACGGCCCGGAGCCGGACUCACCGUUUCGUCGCAGCCCGCCCCGCGGCCCCGCCUCCCCCCAGCGCUGACCCCAGCACCGGGACCCCUUGCCUCCCGAGACAGGCGGUCCCCUGGAUGCGGAAGUACGGACGGACGGAUCCAGUUGCUGGCUAGAUGGAGGGCGUCAUCUACGCGGAGACAGCCGGGGAGGCCAGGGGCCCCUGAAAAUGAGACUGAGCUCCUCAGAGCCUCCACUUUAUGGGUCUGGACUUCUGCAUUCCGCUUCUCGGGACACCGCCUUCAGGAAGACUUCCAGGACUGACUGUACCCAGGCUCUGCCGCCUCCUCUCAGGAGCCCUUCCAGUGGCAAGG